CUUAUUUUGUUUUUAUUAUAUCAAAAUCAUUCUUCAUUUGGUUUAUUUCAUAUAAAUCAAGAACCAGUCCUUCAACAACACAUUUUUCAUGUCAGAAUCACUCACUCCCACCACAACUUUCUUGGAUUUGUUGUAUAAAUUUCAAAAUGCUAUACCUUCCUUUUACUUUAAUUUGAUUCUACAUCACUGUCCUGACGAUAUUCUCAAUAUCGACUACACUAGAGCUGUUCGUUUAAUUAUAAUAGUUUCUGCUUAUAUUUUUUUCAGAAAACUAUUUGUAAAUCAUCAAAAGAUUAAAACUUCUAAAAAUUUGCUUAAAAAACAUACUGAUGCAAACAAUGUCGACUAUUUGUUUAACAAUUCGCUUGAAAAUCAAAACCAAAACCAGGUUCAAAAUAACAUUACUCAUAACCAAAAUCAAAAUGAUCAAACAGACAAAAACAAAAGCUUUUCUUGGGGAAAACAAACAAGAGAAAAAAAUGCAAAAAUAUUAAACACUUAUAAACAAAAAAUUUCAAAUUUUAAUAACGACGAUGAUCUAGAUGACAUUAAGGAACUACUUGAAGACUAAUCACCUUCCCAACUAUAUUUCACUAUUAAUAACCAUUUUCUAUAAAGAAGUAUAAAAACAGUAUAAAAACUCUUAGAAACUUUGGCUGUUGGUAUCAAUUUAUCAUAUUUUUUUCUCUUUUCAAAUUCUAAUUUACAAAUACUUGUUCUCACCCAAUCUUACAUGCACUCCAUAACUUUUCUAUUAUUAAUAUUCUUUUUAUUUUUAUUUUUUGUUUUUUUAUUCCGUUUUUCUGUUUUUUACUUGUAACUUUAGUAUUAUAUAUAAUUAAUUCACAAAUAUUCCCACUCGAGAAACCAACUGAUGAAUAAAAACUUAAGGCUUUAAUGAUCUAUUUAAACAACAAUUUUUGAAAAAAAUAUCGAUAAGUCAAAACUAAAAAAAAACAUAUAAUUUAACUAAUAAU